AGCUCCUCCCUCAGGAAGGACCCCAGGGACUCUUAUUUUUGUGGAUUUGCUUGUCUGGGCAUUAUCGGCCCCAGAACAGAUCUGACUGCCUCUUUCAUUCGCCCGGAGGUAGAUAGGUGUGUCUCAGGAGGCUGGAGAUUCUGGGUGGAGCCCUAAUCCUGCCUUUUCUUAGCUGACUGACACCUUCCCUUGUAGACUUGGAUUGAGAAAUGCCGAGUCUGCUGAAGACCUCCCGCUCUCAGGCUCUGGGAGUUGGAACCCUGUACCUUCCUUUCCUCUGAGCCCUGCCUCCUUCGGCAGGCCGGAGCUGGACAGAACUCAGUUGCUUUGCUGUUUGCUUUGGAGGGAACACAGCGGACGAUGAGGCUGACCUUGAACUCAAGAGAUCCGCUUACCCCAGUCUCCUGGAAUUAAAGGCCUGUACUACCUUGCCUGGACCUACGAUUGUCAUGAUCACUAUGCCUCAAGAUCUCCAUGUCAACAAGAUCUCCAUGUCAAGAUCCAAGUCAGAAACAAGUCUUCCAUCUGCAAGAGCUGGAUCACAGGAGAAAAUAAUGAAUGUCAAGGGAAAAGUAAUCCUGUUGAUGCUGAUUGUCUCAACCGUGGUUGUCGUGUUUUGGGAAUAUGUCAACAGCCCAGAAGGCUCUUUCUUGUGGAUAUAUCACACAAAAAUUCCAGAGGUUGGUGAGAGCAGAUGGCAUAAGGACUGGUGGUUCCAGAGCUGGUUUAAAAAUGGGACCCACAGUUAUCAAGAAGAUGACAUAGAAGGACGGAGAGAAAAGGGUAAAAAUGGAGACCGCAUUGAAGAGCUUCAGCUAUGGGACUGGUUCACUCCAAAGAACCGCCCAGAUGUUUUGACGGUGACCCCGUGGAAGGCGCCGAUUGUGUGGGAAGGCACUUAUGACACAGCUCUGCUGGAAAAGUACUACGCCAGACAGAAACUCACUGUGGGGUUGACGGUGUUUGCCGUGGGAAAGUACAUUGAGCAUUAUUUAGAAGACUUUCUGGAGUCCGCUGACAGGUACUUCAUGGUUGGCCACAGGGUCAUAUUUUACGUCAUGAUGGACGACACCUCCCGGAUGCCUGUCGUGCACCUGAGCCCGCUGCAUUCCUUACAAGUCUUUGAGAUCAGGUCUGAGAAGAGGUGGCAGGAUAUCAGCAUGAUGCGCAUGAAGACCAUUGGGGAGCACAUCCUGGACCACAUCCAGCACGAGGUCGACUUCCUCUUCUGCAUGGACGUGGAUCAAGUCUUUCAAGACAACUUUGGUGUGGAAACUCUGGGCCAGUUGGUAGCUCAGCUCCAGGCCUGGUGGUACAAGGCCAGUCCUGAGGAUUUCACCUAUGAGAGGCGGGAACUAUCGGCGGCGUACAUUCCAUUCGGAGAGGGAGAUUUUUACUACCACGCGGCCAUUUUUGGAGGAACGCCCAUUCACAUUCUCAACCUCACCAGGGAGUGCUUUAAGGGGAUCCUCCAGGACAAGAAACAUGACAUAGAAGCCCAGUGGCAUGAUGAGAGCCACCUCAACAAAUACUUCCUUUUCAACAAACCCACUAAAAUCCUUUCUCCAGAGUAUUGCUGGGACUACCAGAUAGGCCUGCCUUCAGAUAUUAAAAGUGUCAAGAUAGCUUGGCAGACAAAAGAGUAUAAUUUGGUUAGAAAUAAUGUCUGACUUCAAAUUAUGAUGGAACCUUGACACUAUUAUUCUGGCUAAUUCCUCAAACAAGUAGCAACACUUGAUUUCAACUUUUAAAAGAAACACUCAAAACCAAAACCCACCACCAUGGCAAACAGAUGAUUUCUCCUGACACCUUGAGCCUGUAAUAUGUGAGAAAGAGUCUAUGGCAAGUAAUCAGGUAUAAAUUCUCAGUGGUUUCUUAUAUAUUCUGGGUUUUGGGGAAACUUGAUUCUAGAAAUCAAAAUUAAUUUGACAAAGGAAAAGCAGAUGCCAGAAACGUCUUCCCAGUGUGUCUCAUAAUUUGCCACAGGUCAGGUGCUGAGAGAAGCAUUAGGGAACAGUGUGGGUUGUGUUGGAGUUGGGCGGCUCCAUCCCCUUGGUUUCAUUGUCUUCCUCCUCGCGGAGAUUCUAAAGCAACACAGCAAGGCUUUGCAGCCAGAGAACUUUAAUAAGGGAUGCCAAUGUGACCAUCAGUCUGUAAAAGCUGAUGGCUCCAGGAGCCGCUGGCAGUCCAGGGCCCACUAGGCUAUUGUUUGUGUCCUGGGCAUAAAGGAGGCAGAAAAUGCCAAUAGGUACUUUGGUGGCACAUGUUCAGAGUCCAGGAAAAAUGGCAGGGGUGACCACUUAGAGGGAUAUAGGGCUUGGUGAUUGAACUGAGUUAUAAACACAGACAGCUUUCUUCAGGAUGACUAAACAGCAGGAAUUAAAUGAAAAAUGUGUUUAUUUUGUUUUGCCCAAAUCGUAUUCACACUGUUAGCCUGGUAUGUUGAACCCUGUGGAGAGGGUGUGGCUGUAUCAGUGAAGGGAGUACCUCCGAGGACUGAGGACCAGCACCCUAUUAUAUCAGAAGACAAUCUGUCAUCAUCUGGUCCUACCACCUGCUCUGACCUCCCGAGUUCCCCCACCAAUUGUGUUCCAGUGUGGAGGCCCUCAUGGAGCAGGUGACUGAAGACGAAGCCUCCUGUCACAUGACCUCAUUUCUCCUGCUCUCAGUACUAUGCAAGUGUGACAGACAGAUGUACUGGACAACGUAGGAGCUGACUUUAUGGCAAUGGGAGACGUAGUCACUAUGAUGGAGCUGCUGAAGGUUCUGUUCCCUGCUCUGAGAGAACUGUAGGAGCCGCUGUAUAGGUGGUUCUCAACCUGUGGGUCGUGACCCUUUGGGAGAGGUGUCAAAUGACCCUUUCACAGGUGUCACCUAAGACGGUUAAAAAACCUAGGUAUUUCCACCCUGAUUGGUAACAGUAGCAAAAUUACAGUUACGAAAUAGCAAGAAAAAUAAUUCUAGGGUUUGGGUCAUCCAUACCAUGAGGAACUGCAUUGGGUCAAAGCAUUAGGGAAAUUGAGAACCAUUGCUCUACUUGGGUAUUUAAGCAAAUCAUUGCAUAGGGGGUUGUCGCCCUGUGUUUCUGUGUAUGCAUAUAUUUAUAUUUUCUUGUCUUUCAGUUUAGGUCAUCUGCUUCUACCUUUAAGCAGUUUAUUUAAAAAGCCAUUGCACCAUCUUGGUGAACAGCAUGAGGGGGUUUCAAUAAAAAAGGAUCUUACCUUUGUCCACAGGGCUCUACCUCUUACUUUUCAAUUGUUAACAAAAAAGGUCACACACCCAGAGGCAACAAAACCCACAGAAUUCCUGAACCGAUGGGAGUUGCCAAAGGAAGUGGAGCCUGCACAUCUGCUAAGAGUUCUGCCUGUCUGUUACUCAUGUUGUGCUGGAUCAGUCUAAAGUGGGACAGGUUAAUGGUCUGAAAGUUUCACAAAGGCUGGGGAAUUUGGAGGGAAUUUUUUUUUUUUAAAUAAAAUUGAUCCAAGUUUAAAUCCCUAAUGAGUAAAUUUGGGAUUUUAUUAAAGGUAAUUUUUAGACAUUCUUCAAAAUAAGAAUUCUUGUUUAUAAUUGAAUAAAUUAUUUUCUCAGUAUA